UCUCAGGCGUCAUUUUUGAAUUUUGAAUGGAAAGCCGUUUUUCAGUUUGACAAACAAAAUAGAUGUUUGUUUGAAAAGGCGGACAAUUUUUUAAUUUUAUAAAAGCACUACAGGUGCGUUCACAAGUGAGGAAUAACACAGCAAAGAAUAUGUCAAGAAUUCCUAAAUUGCCAACCACUGCUACUAAAGAGAACAGACCUGGAGGGCUGUUGAACAGGCCUGGGGGGCUGUUAAACAGCCGACCAAUUUCCAGGACUAUAGCCAAUGGUCUGAGUGAUGCCGAUAAAAAGAAUUUAUUAAUAAACCAUACCAGACCUCUUCGUAAUGGGCCCACCACUACAGCACCUGCACCGCGCCUAAAAAGAGCAGCAACAGCUCCAUCGUCAACUACAUUGCCUGGAAAAAUCACAAAAGUUGAGAAGAAGCCACCAACUGUUGCUCCCAAGAUCCCACCAUAUGACUACAAAGCUAGAUUUGCUGACUUGUUGGAAAAGCAUAAAGCUAUCAAGACAGAAUUUAAUGACCUCAAAGAUAAACAUAUUGAAGUAUCAGAUGACUAUGAGAAAGUCAAGGAGACUGCUCAGUCAUCGGCUAGUGAAAGAGAUAUCCUUAAAGAGAAGCUACUCAGUUCUCUUAACGACUUAAGAGAAAAGACAUCAGAAUUUGAAAGAAUGAAAGUUGACUUUGAAAUUCAAAAGCAUGAGAAUGAAGAUUUGCAUCGCAAAACCAAACUCUUGGAAGAAAUCACACAGAAUUUAAAGAAAAAGUCAGCAGAGUUGGACCAAGUGCAAUCUGACUUCAAUGACCUUACAAGACGCCACACAAGCCUCAAAGAGGAAACAGAGGCAUUAAGGGUUCUCACGGAACACCUUAAAAAAGUAUCCAUUGAAUUUGACAAACUAAAACUUGACUAUAAAGAUGCACAAGAAAUGAUUGUGAAAUACAAAACUGAGGCUGAAGCAUUGCAGAACAUUUUAGCAUCUAUGUAUAAGGAACAACGUGACUUGAGAAAUACAAUUCAAGAUUUGAAAGGCAAUAUCAGAGUAUACUGCAGAGUCAGGCCACCACUGGAAUCUGAAGCUACAAAACCACUGUUUAAUCUCAAUGUCCUUGACGCCUGUUCUAUUGAAGUUGAGAAAGUUGAAUUGAACUUCAGCUCUGCAAGAAAAGGGAAGUCACAGCAUGGGUUUACAUUUGAUGGAAUUUUCACACCACAUGCAUCUCAGGAAGAUGUGUUUGCUGAAGUUUCACCUAUGGUCCAGUCUGCACUGGAUGGUUACAAUGUGUGUAUUUUUGCAUAUGGUCAGACAGGCUCUGGGAAGACCUACACCAUGGAAGGUGGCUGUGGUGUUGAACAGUAUGGCAUCAUACCUAGAGCAUUUAACAUGAUCUUCACAAGCAUGGAAGAUUUAAAACGAAUGGGAUGGGAGCUGACCAUUAGAGCCUCCUUCUUGGAGAUAUACAAUGAAAUUAUUUAUGACUUGCUUAAUAGUAGCAAGGAUCAAGAGGCUCAUGAUAUUAAGAUGGUCAAUUCCAAAGGUACUGACAUUUAUGUAUCAAAUUUGAAAGAAGAAGAAGUGAAGAGCUCACAUGAUUUUAUCAAAUUGAUGAUAUUUGCCCAACGUAAUAGACAAACAGCAGCCACACUGAACAACGAGAGGAGUUCUAGGUCACAUUCCGUUGCCCAAAUCAAGAUAUCGGCAAUAAAUGAAAAACGCAAAGAAAAGUUUACAAGUAAUUUAAAUCUGGUUGACUUGGCUGGUUCAGAGAGUGGUAAAACAACACAGAGAAUGGAUGAAACUAAACACAUCAACAGGUCACUGUCAGAGCUCUCGAAAGUUAUUUUGUCACUGCAAACCAACCAAUCACAUAUCCCUUACAGAAACUCUAAACUGACGCAUCUCUUGAUGCCAAGUUUAGGCGGCAACUCCAAAACGCUCAUGUUGGUCAAUAUCAACCAAUUCGAUGAAUGCUUUAGUGAGACUCUUAACUCUUUGAGGUUUGCAACUAAAGUAAACAACUGCAGAACUGUCAAGGCGAAAAAGAACUUAACUAUGGUUGAUACAACGUCAUAACUUAAUUUAACUUUUGUUAAUCUAUUGAUAAUUUUGUUUAUUGAUAUGAAAGUGAUUUUAUUUUGAU